AUGGGUGAUCAAGGGCAGUGCAGGUGCAACAACCAUCCCAGGUCCUCUCCUCACUCACGCCGCUGUAUCUGGACCUUCCUCAGUGUCUUCCUCUUCCUUGCCGGUGUAACAGCUCUGACAGUAUGGCUCGUCUAUCGCCCACACAAGCCUCACUUCGCAGUCGUGGGCGCAUCCAUUUACAACCUCAACAUGUCCACACCUUCAUUCAUAUCAACCAACAUGCAAUUCACAAUAGUCAUCCACAAUCCUAACAGCCGAGUUUCAAUCUACUACGACCGUCUCUCUGCAUACGUCUCUUAUCAUAACCAAGCCAUAACGCCGGCAGUUCGGCUACCACCGCUAUUCCAGGAACGACAUAGCACGGCUGUGGUGUCGCCGAUUUUGGGAGGAGGAGGAGGAGGAGAUGUUCCGGUGUCAACGGAUACAACAAAUGGGUUGGUGGUGGAUGAGAGUUAUGGGGUGGUGGCGCUGAGGUUGGUGUUAUUGGGGGAGAUAAGGUGGAAAGCUGGAGUUUUUAGGAGUAGGAGGUAUGGGAUUUAUGUGAAAUGUGAGAUGUUGGUUGGGUUCAAGGAGGGUUGUGCUGGUCAGGUGCCUUUGCUUGGACCUCCAGCUUGCAAUGUUGAUGUAUAAGCACAGCUUGCUUUUCUUUCUUCAUUCCUUCGAUCUU